AUGAAUUCAAGGUCCAACGACCUGCCGGGCACACCAGCGCCUGCCGGCGGCGAUACGGACAGCGGCCCGGGUACUAUCCGGGCCCCAAAGAAACCGGUUGACCCCGCAGCCCCGAACGCGCUCCACCUAGCGUUGCUCGAAAACAUUACUAGUAGUCCGUCACUGAUUACUACCACCGACAUCUUCUCGCCUUCACCACCGGCUGGGAAGGAUGGGAAUAACACCGUGAAAAACUACAAUGGAUCGAAACAACUUCGCGAUCAAGUCACUUGUGCCCUCGAGAAAGACCGGAAGCUAUACAAGGCAAAGACUAGACUAUUCCAGGACUAUGCCGAUGUAAUCGACAAGACCUUACAAAAGGCUGGCACAGAACUAUACCCGUACGCAGUGGAAUCCAGCAAUUUCUUUGCUGGCUGCCUGAAUAAAUGGCUUGGGCGUGGCGGCCGCCUACCGGACUCGGCGGCGUGUCGGACAGGCGGAGGGCCCCAGAAACUGGCGUACGCAAAGGCUACUCGCGCCUCUGAAUGCAACCCACCCCGUAUGAAUCAAGCAGAACCUACACCGAAGAAACUUUCUGACACAACUCGCCCAUUAGCUGGGAAGACGAGAAAAGACCUUCGCGUAUUUGUGCGCAUGGACAACAGCCUUCUCGAGCCAUUUGGAGUCAAGAGGUCAGACAAUAGAUCAGGUUUGCUUGCCUUGGUUGACGGUUAA